CAGCUUGGAGAGGCACAUCAUGGCUUUUGAGAAGUGGGCUAUGGCAGUUCUUCUGCUGCAGCUUUGCUGUACCAGUUGUGGCUUUUGUGGCAAGGUCCUUGUGUGGCCCUGUGAUAUGAGUCACUGGCUAAACUUAAAGACUAUUCUUGAGGAGCUUGUCGAGAGAGGACAUGAGGUGACAGUCCUGAAACUUUCUGAUAUCAUCAUGGAUCAGAGUAAAGAUUCUGCACUGAACUUUGAGAAUAUCCCUGUGUCAUAUGGGAAUGAGACUGCUGAGAAUCAUCUAAAAGAUUUUUUAAACGUGGCUGUGAACGUCAUUCCAAAAUUGCCACUUUGGCAAGCAGCAAAAACAUUGCGAGAUUUCUUUAUUCAAUUGACUGCUAACUUUGAACAUCUUUGUAGGAGUGCAUUGUACAACCAGACAUUCAUGAACAAGCUCCGGGAUGCAAAAUACGAUGUAAUGGUUAUAGAUCCGGUCAUUCCCUGUGGAGAGCUAGUGGCAGAGGUGCUUCAGGUUCCUUUUGUGAACACCUUGAGGUUCAGCAUGGGCUACACCAUAGAGAAAUACUGUGGCCAGCUUCCAAUUCCACUCUCCUAUGUACCAGUUGUCAUGAGUGAACUAUCUGACAAUAUGACCUUCACAGAAAGGGUAAAAAAUAUGAUGCUGUCACUGCUUUUUGAAUUUGGACUUCAGCAAUUCGACUUCGCAUUCUGGGAUCAGUUUUACAGUGAAACACUAGGAAGACCCACCACGUUCUGUGAGACCAUUGGUAAAGCUGACAUUUGGCUAAUCCGGACAUAUUGGGAUUUUGAAUACCCUCGUCCAUAUUUACCAAAUUUUGAGUUUGUGGGAGGGUUGCACUGUAAACCUGCCAAGCCAUUACCUAAGGAAAUGGAAGAAUUUGUCCAGAGCUCGGGGGAACAUGGUGUUGUGGUGUUUUCUCUGGGUUCGAUGGUCAAAAACCUGACAGAAGAAAAGGCCAAUCUCAUUGCCUCGGCACUUGCCCAGAUUCCUCAGAAGGUUUUGUGGAGAUACUCGGGCAAGAAACCAGCCACAUUAGGAUCCAAUACACGGCUUUUUAGUUGGAUUCCCCAGAAUGAUCUACUUGGACAUCCUAAAACCAGAGCUUUCAUCACGCACGGUGGAACAAAUGGGCUCUAUGAAGCCAUUUACCACGGCAUCCCUAUGGUGGGAGUCCCCAUAUUCGCUGAUCAGCCGGACAACAUCGCUCACAUGCAGGCCAAAGGAGCAGCCCUAAAAGUAAAUUUCAACACCCUGACAAGUACAGAUUUACUCAAGGCCUUGAGAGCCGUCAUUAAUGAGCCUUCUUAUAAAGAAAAUGCCAUGAGGCUAUCAAGAAUUCACCAUGAACAGCCCAUGAAGCCCCUAGACCGAGCCGUCUUCUGGAUUGAGUUUGUCAUGCGCCACAAAGGAGCCAAGCACCUUCGUGUGGCAACGCAUGACCUCAACUGGUUUCAGUACCACUCGAUGGAUGUGAUUGGGUUCCUGCUGGUCUGUGUUGCAACUCUGGCAUUUAUCAUCACUAAAUGUUGCUUGUUUACUUGUCGAAAACUUUGUAUGUCAGAAAAGAAGAAAAGAGGGAACAGGAAAAAAAAGAACUAGGUCUUUCUAGGUUUGAGGAUGUUCUGAGUAACAGUUGUAUUAGUUCUAGCCACAAGGAGCAUGCAUUCAUCUGCUUUUAUACUAUUUUCUAAUAUCCUGUUCUUCUAUUUCUGAUGAAACAUCAUGAUAAAUGUUUAGGUUUAUUGCAUAUGUUCACCCUUUUCUGUUAUUAUCUUGUAGGCAGUCUUAUCAUCUGCUUACUGUCCUCAGAUAUGGAAACUGUUAAUUCCAAACAUGUUCUAUAGCUAUGAAGUGAUGACUAGCAGUAUGUAAUUGAUGUAUGUAAGGAUCAAUGUCACAAGCCUAUCAUAUUAUUUAAGAAUGACCACAGGAAUUUAGUGUGUUAUGAGAAGAUACUUUUCUAAUAAAAAAUGAACUUUUCUAUUUCUUCA